CAGCAUGAUAAUAAUCAAUUAAUAGAAGAAGAAGCAGAUGGAUGCCACUAGAAUUUUGGCACAAGGAGUGUUUGUGUUCCUUGUGAUAACGUAUGUGGGCGCGGAGAGAGAGCCCAGAACCAUUUUGGUUGGAGACUCUCAAGGCUGGCAAGCCGGCACUAACUACACCCAAUGGGCCAUCCAAAAUAGCCCCUUCCACAUAAAUGACACACUUGUGUUCAAGUAUCCAGGGAACUCCACGACGCUGGCUCAGAGUGUGUACUUACUACCAAACCAGUGGAGCUACAUAACGUGCGAAUUCAGAGGGGCAAAGCUGUUGGGGAACGCAACUGAGGGUGAUGGUGAGGGCUUUAAGGUUGAACUGAAUCAGUUGACACCUUAUUACUUUGCCUCUGCAGAAGGCAACUUUUAUGAUUGCAUUGCUGGUCUCUCCAAGUUCAUUGCCGUGCCAUCAACAAGCUCUGGCUCCUCUUAGCACAAAUCCUUUCUCACCCUUUGAACCAACAAAUUAAGUAAUUUGCAUCUGACACUAUUGAAUUCCAAGAUUAAAUAAAUGGAUCCUCAUCAGCCGAACAUUGUACGGGUGUUAUGUUAUGUUAAUGCACCCUUGCUCCUAGUAUGUUUUUCUUCCAUGUAUGAUGUUCUAUUAUUAUUUUUGUCUCGUGUUCUAUAAAACUGCAUUUGUUGUAUCGAAAAAGAAAAAAAAAAAAAAAACUGCAUUCGGUUUUGGUAUGCAUAGUUUUUGGGUUUAAGCUCAAUUAGUCAAUUGUGUUCAGGGAUUCACUUUGAAAUUUUGAGAAGUCAUACUUUGCGGCAUAUUUAAGGCCCAAUGUUUGUUUA